AUGAAGCUUAUCAACACUCUUUUCGCUUUUACUGGGAUCAAUAUUGGAGUCAAAGACGAAGCUGUUAUCCCAAACAGCUACAUCAUCACGUACAAGUCCAGUGCAACCCCUGGGGGUAGGAAGAAGCACGAAGAAACCAUUAAUAAAAAGGCCAAAAGUAAUGGAAAAGAGGGCGUUAUUGAAACUAUCGACCUCGAUGGGUUCAAAGGCUAUGUCGCCAAGAUAACCUCAUCGGAACUUAAGGAUGUCGUCAACUCUAACCUGGUCGCCUCUAUUGAAAAAGAUGGAAUUGUCAUUACUAAUGAGACUGCUGCAGUCGGCCUCAACCUCACCAUUGUUGCUGGGCUCUUUGGUCAUAAGCCGAUACCAACCUUCUCACCAGAGACAAUAAAUGACGAGACAUGCAACGCUCACGCGGAGUAUGGUGCUGAUACUAUGGCUGGGCUGCAUACAGUUAGAGAUAUCCCCUGGAGUGAGGAAUAUCAGAGUCGAGUCCUGGAAAUGUCCCAUCCAGUGUUUGAUAGGGUGGAGAGUGUAGUUGGAGAGCAAGUUUGGAAUUUUGCAGAUUUUCAGACCCCGUCUAGCUUCAUCUUCAGGGUUGAUGGCAACAAGCAAGGAGCAUUUACGUGGGAUCGGAGACCUAAGAGUGUUGUGCAGGUGUUGAAGAAGAGGUGGACUGAGAUGAGAGCUAGAAAUUAA